UAUUGGGUACAUAAUAAAUCAAGCAAACAUUCCUCAAGUCUUUGUAGGUUAAGACAAAAUUUUAUCAUAAACAUUUAGGAGUACUAAUAAAGAAUUAGAUUAUUUAUAUUAAAAUGAAGUGUACUACUUUGGAGAUAGCAUGGCAUAAUCGUGAUCCAGUAUUAAGUAUUGAUAUAGAAGGAGGUUUAAAAAAAGAUGCUGAUGGCAAAUCCUUUUGGCGUUUAGCUAGCGGUGGAUCUGAUACACACGUUUUGGUUUGGCAUUUGUCAGUAAAAGAAACCGGUACAGCUAGAGUCGAUUGUGUAGCCGAUCUGACUCGACAUCAAAGAACGGUGAAUAUUGUACGAUUUUCUCCUUCUGGAACAAUUUUAGCCUCGGGUGAUGAUGAUGGUGUGAUUAUUUUAUGGAAAUCAAAGGAAGGUUCAACGCUACUCCCACUUUUAGGCGACGAAAAAAUAAACCAAGAAAAAUGGGAGCUCUGGAAGGUGUUAAGAAAACAUUAUGAAGAUGUUUACGAUAUUAGCUGGUCUCCAGAUAGUAAUAUGCUUGCAUCUGGAUCUGCUGACAAAACUGUUAUUAUUUGGGAUGCACAAACGGGUAAAAAUACCAGCAUUUUGUCAAAUUUCAAAGGAAUUGUUCAAGGAGUUACUUGGGAUCCAUGUAAUCAACACAUUGCAACACUCAGCAAUGAUAGGAUUUGCCGAUUGUUUGACAUCAAUACCAUGAAAGUUAUUCAAAAAGUUCACAAAGCCAAGAUUCCUACUCCACCAGGACAUCCAUUAGAGAAUAAAGUUUUGACAUUAUUCCAUGACGAUACAUUUAAAUCAUUCUUUAGAAGACUGACAUAUACGAUUGAUGGAUCGUUAAUUAUUGCACCAUCAGGAAUAAUUGAACCACAAGAUUCGACUGAAACACCAUCCAAUUCAACUAUAGUAUUUUCAAGGCAUAAUCGUAAAGAGCCAAUCAUGAUAUUGCCAACAUUGAACGAAAUAUCUACUGCUGUGAAAUGCUGUCCAGUUUACUUUGAAUUGCGAAGUAAUGGUCCUGAAUCAAUGAUUUCGUUACCUUACAGAUUAGUAUUCGCUGUAGCUACUAGUAAAUCGGUUCUUAUUUAUGAUACUCAACAAAUCUCACCUAUAGCAGUCAUUUCUAAUAUUCAUUAUACUAAUUUAACUGAUGUUGCGUGGUCCUCUGAUGCUAGAAUAUUGGUUGUUUCAUCAAGUGACGGAUACUGUUCGAUCAUACAUUUUAAAGAAGGAGAAUUAGGAGAAAUAUACAAAGGUGAUAAACCCACAAUGGCUUACACUGAUAACAAAGUGAAACCUAAAAAGAAAACAAAAACUUCAGAACAAACAUCAAAAAAGGAUUUCCUUCCCGAUGAAAACGAAGAAGCAAUGGAUGUUGAUGUUAACAGAUUUGAAUUGAGUAAAAUGAUUGAGAAAUCUGACGUUGAAAAGGUAGAAGAGAAAAAAGAUAAAAGUGAACUUGUGAAAAUUGAGAAAAAACCGGAAUCAGAAAUUCUCGAUGUCGAAGAUACUGAAGAUAUUAAACUUGUUUAUGACAUAAGUACUGAAUCUAGUGAUGAAAGUGCUCUUCAAAAUACGUCGCAAAAGACCGAAGAAAAAAAAGAGCCAAUCCCUCCAAAAUUUGUGCCACCUGUAGCUCCAAGGACUCCACGAAGAGUACCUUUGAUUACUCUGUCCAGUCCGAGUCGUAAGAAAGUUGGUGAAAAAUAAAUACAACGCUAUUAUUAGUCAUGUGUUUAUAAAAUUUAAUUAUAAAAGACGACAAAUAUUUUUAUUUUUAUAGAGAUUGUAAAAAUGUCACAAUAGCACCAUUAGUGAAAAUUUUGAGCGAAAAACUUCUUCUUAUCCACAGGAUUUGGAAUUAUCUGCAACAAAUUGGAUAAUUAAUAUUUUUAUACGAAUAUUUUGUACAUAAACUUAAUUACUAAAGAUUAA